AUGGACCCCAGUGUGCUUUCAGCGAUGGACCGGGACGCGCUCAAGAAACAGAUCGAGAACAUGCGGUACCAGUCCACAAUGGACCGAUGGCCGCUGUCCAGGAGCAUACAGGCAAUGAGAGAAUUUGUCGAAGAAAACGAAAAAACUGAUCCACUAAUCCAUGCACCAGACAAAAAGAAUAACCCUUGGGCGGAAAAAGGAAAGUGUGUAAUAAUGUGAACGAUUCAUCACACUAUUUUCGCCGUCACCGCCGCGUCACUCUGGCGGCUCUGGCUCCGGUCAAACUUACAUUUUCUUUACAUUUUAACGCAAUCAUUUAUUUUUUAUUUAAUGAAAAAUAUAAAAAAUAAUUGUAACAUUUCCAAU